AAGCUCAGAUCUAACUCACACCACUCCAUUGCCCAUUUGCUCUGUACUUUUGCUUUCAUUAGAAGAAAGCGCAAAGGGCAAAAUCGGAAAUAUUAUUAUGGCCGACGGUAGUACUAGUUCGUCGGAGUCCACCAACGCCUGCUCCGGAGGCGGCACGAGAAGAGAGAUUAUGCUGUUCGGCGUCAGGGUUGUGCUUGACCCGAUGAGAAAGUGCGUGAGUUUGAACAAUUUGUCCGAGUAUGAGCAGACGGCGGAGACUCCAAAGAUCGACGGCGAGGAUAGAGAUGGACAAGAUAUGAACAAAACCCCCGCCGGUUACGCCUCGGCGGAUGAAGCUCUUCCGAUUUCUUCUUCUAACGUGAACCGCGAGAGAAAACGAGGAGUUCCAUGGACUGAAGAAGAACACAAGCUGUUCUUGCUUGGGCUGCAGAGAGUAGGUAAAGGAGAUUGGAAAGGAAUAUCCAGAAACUUUGUCAAGAGCAGGACUUCUACACAAGUUGCUAGUCAUGCUCAGAAAUACUUCAUCCGGCGAAGCAAUCUUAACCGUCGCCGCCGAAGAUCUAGCCUUUUUGACAUGACUACUGAUACGGUCAUGCCCAUGGAAGAUGAUCAGGUACUUAUGCAGGAGAACACAUCACAAUUAUCUUCUCCUGUACCUGAAAUCAACAACUUCUCUAUACAUCCGGUUAUGCAAGUCUUUCCCGAGUUCCCGGUACCUACAGGGAAUCAAUCAUACGGACAGCUGACUUCCUCGAAUCUCAUCAAGUUGGUUCCAUUAACCUUUCAGUCAAGUCCUGCACCGCUCUCUCUCAACCUGUCGCUAGCUUCAUCUAAUCUUAAUGAACCAUCUCCUUCAAUGCAUUCAGCAUUCAACACGAUUGGAGUCGCUUAGAGCAUAUCCGAAAGGUGAAAAUCUGCAACACACCCUGUUUGUUUCUUUGUUGUACAGAUAGGUCUUGACUUUGUUAUAAAAAUUCGUCAAACUCAUGUAUUUGGCUAAAAAAAAGAAUAAGAAACAGAGUUUGGAGAUAGAACUAAGUGGGUUUUUAGGGUUCAUGAUCAUCCUGUUUUUUCCUUCCAUGUUUGGCGGGUUGUUGUAAUACUCUCUAAGUUCAUUUGUGUGGAUCUAUCAAAACUUAUAUAUAUCAUGUUAACGUUAUGUUUUAUUCAUGAUCUCAAUCAUAAACAGAAUCGUACUUGCUU